CCUCACUGUAGCACAGCAUCCGACACCUCGCCUAGCUUUCUCCCUCCUCCCUCUCUCUCUCUCUCUCCUCCUCGCUCUCCCUCAUCUCAUUGUUUCAGAAUAGGCCAAAUCUGAAGUCCUUUCCAGGGAGUGGCCCUCUUCAUCUUACUCUCUAGCCAAAGUGGAGCAGAGUGAGGAGAGAGACAACCAAAGGACUUGGUGGAAAGAGCAGAGAACCAUAAAGAAUAUGCUGCUGUUGGGACCCAAAGUGCUGCUGUUUCUCACUGCACUCAUCUUCUCCUCUGACUGGACACCCCUAGGGGUCAGCGGCCAACGUGGAGAUGAUGUGACUCCAGUGACCUCAGAAACAUUCACAGAAGAUCCUAAUCUGGUGAACGAUCCUGCUACAGAUGAAACAGUUCUGGCCGAUAUCAAGCCUUCCACAGAUGACCUGGAGUGCCGGGAUGAGAAAUUUCCCUGCACGAGACUCUACUCUGUCCAUCGGCCAGUCAAGCAAUGCAUCCAUCAAGUAUGCUUCACCAGUUUACGACGUAUGUACAUCAUCAACAAUGAGAUCUGCUCCCGUCUUGUCUGUAAAGAGCAUGAUGUUAUGAAAGAUGAACUUUGCCGUCAGAUGGCUGGUCUACCCCCAAGGCGACUCCGUCGCUCCAACUACUUCCGCCUUCCUCCCUGUGAUGAUGUGAAUUUGCAGAGACCCGGUGGUCUGUGAUCAUCAAGGACGAGGAAAGAAUGUGUGGCUGGGAGGAAACUUCUUGUCCAACCAUUGUCAGCCAACUCAUAGACACGAGUAUUUCUUAAACCAAUCCCGUUGCGAUGUCUAGCUUUUGCCCCUACUUUUUGAUUUUUCACCCAUUUAUCUCAUUUUUCAAUACUUAAAAUACAGUCUAUAGUAUUGCAUGAUUUUGCUGCUUCCCCAUAUCCUAGACCUAGUAGAUAAAUGAUUACCAUGUGGCUUAGAUACAAACAUUCUACAUACAAUUUCAAGGGAAAAUUGAACUUCAAUAAAAUUAUUGAAAAUGAUA